AAAUUGAAGCCAGUGUGAAAUGGGAUUAAUUGCUUUACACUUCCAAAUACUCAAUGGAUUAGAAAUUAAAUUGUGUCAGUAGCGUUCAGAAAUCGGUGAACAUUCGUUGUGCAACAUAGAAUAUCGCUCGCGUCUAAUUCGAGGUGAUAGUGAAAUUUAAGUAUCGCUGUGUGCAGCCGUUACGAGUUCUUGAAAAUUAUUACAUUUGGAUAUCAUCGCAUCCACAAUAUAAAUCAUGAUGAACACGAGCAUACAUUUCAAACCAUCGCUAAUAAUUAUCGUUGUUAUUGGAUGUCUGGUAUUAACACCACUAGCCCAGGAAUGCUGUGAAGAUUAUUGCUAUGAACAGGACUCAACUACGCCAUUUCGGCCACAAUACCGAAAUUUGGGUCAACGAAACUCUUAUGAUUUUAUCAAAGGAUCUAAUUAUCAAAUUUUUAACAUAGAAGGAUGUGAGGCGGAAAAGCUGUGGACUUUAGUUAGACACGGAACGAGAUAUCCUAGUCCUGAAUCUAUGUUGGAAUUGGAAACGUUGGAAGAUCUACGAGACGAAGUCAUUCGUUUAUACAACGAAAACACUUCGCUGCCGGAAAAUGGUCGAUUAUGCAACAAUGAUCUUCAAUUGAUCAAGGAUUGGAGUUGGGAUAAAAACAUAACGGCGAGAUACGAUGAGUUUUUAACAGUUUCGGGUUGGAAUGAAAUUAGAGACAUUGCACUUGUUUACAAGUCCGUGUUUCCUGCUCUAAUCGAAAACAGCUAUUCACCCGCAAAAUUUCUAUUUCGUCAUACGGACUAUCAACGAACCGAAGGUAGUUUCAAGGCAUUCGCUGAAGGGCUGUUCGGUGAAGGAGCCUACAAUAGCUUUACUAUAGAUCCACCAGUUACGCCUAGCAUGUUAUUGAAUCCAAUGGAUUUAUGUCAAACAUACACCGAUAAUAUUAUCAGACAGAAUGGACCCGAUACAGAAAUGACGAAGUUUCGUGAAACUGAAAUUUUUCAGAAACUUCGUUCUGAUGUUUCUAAGAAACUUGGCAUUGCCGAGACACUUGACGACAAAACUGUUUUAAACAUUUAUGAAAUGUGCCGUUUCGAUAAAGCUUGGUUUCCACUUAAACCUAGCGCUUGGUGUGCUGCAUUAACCCAAUCGCAAUUCAAAAUUCUGGAAUAUCACGAAGAUUUGGAAUUGUACAUGAAAACCAGUUACGGUCAUGAUGUCAACCUAAAGCUCUCUUGCACCUCCAUAGACGAUAUGGUGAAUCAUUUAAGAGGAAAUUCAACGUUGAAUGUUGUUGCAUAUUUUGCACAUAUUGAUAACAUACAUGCACACUUGACUGCAAUGGGUGCAUUUCGAGAUACCACCCCAUUACGCAGUGAUGGUUUCGAAACGAUGGCCAACCGAAAGUGGAAAACGAGCGAAAUCUGUCCAUUCUCAUCGAACAUUGCUGCUGUUAAGUAUCACUGUCCCAAUGAUGUCGAGGAAACCGAAAAGGUUCGGUUCUUUUUGAACCAGAAAGUCUUAAACUUGGAUUGGUGUGAUGGUAACGGAAUUUGCAAAUUGUCGGAAGUGCUGAAGCAGUAUAGUGUAUUUACGAACGGCGAUUGUGAUCAAAUAUUCUGCUCCAAAAGUGGUAGAUUGAACAGUGGAUUAAUGCUGGUUUAUGCAUGGCUGUUUAUAAUGUUUAGUAAUAUGGUAAUAAACAGAUUUUACUUCUAAAA